CAGACAACUUCUGCAGCAGCAAAUUGAUCAUCCGUCAAAAUAGCUUUUCCCGCCGUGCGUUCGGAAUGACAUUUUAAAAGUUUGAUUGGAAGUGCAUUAAAUUCGAAAGAUUUCUCGUCAUCGAAAUGUUACCGUAGAAUGUUAGAUGUUCCAUUUUAUAUUCUUUGAUUUUUUGGAAUUAUGAAAGGUAACAAUGCGAUGCAUGGAAGUUUGCCAUCAACAGUUUGUAAAAAGCUCACCUGUUUGAACACAGCUGAGUCAAUCAAAACGGAAUAUUUCCACCUUCUUUCGCAAUAAACUGCUCUUUGAUAGUCCUAUUCGGAUAUGUUUGAAAGAUGCGAAGGUUUUUGCAAACAUGAAAUAUUUUGUCGUGCAUAGUUGGUGUUCUCUGACAGAAAGCAUAUCCUAACAAUGAAAUACAUGGGAAUGUCAAUCCAGUGGUGUUUUCUGCUCAUCUCACUAUGUUCCUCAGAAAUUUAUGUUGGUGCUUUGUCGAGGGUGAGAGUGAGGAAGCAACAAGGUGACCUGAGUAUGGAACCCUCACAGGCCAUCGUCCUAGCCGGAGCCAAUGUUACCUUUACAUGUUCCAACCCUUCGAAUGUGACCUUCCUCUGGGACUUCCCCGUCCAGGGUGCAGGAAUACGACGUCGCCCAUGGCAUGUCCAUUUCCAAUGUCAGCAUGAAGCCGUACUACUUUAGCAAGAUAACCUUGUUCAGCACGACCACGCUCAUGUCAGGCGAGAUUGCGUGUUCCACAGAGGAGGGGAAAGGAAAAGCGAUUGGAUUCCUGAUAGUCAACGGUGUCCGAAAUGGCGGACCUUGCCAUAAUUCCAGUGACUGCAUUACAGACAGAGCUGUGUGCCUGAAUGGCAUUUGUGAUUGUCCUCCUAAUCAGUUUCGUAUUCGUCACCCGCAUUUGGGGUAUGAUGUAUGUCGAGAAAUAGUUCAGAGUCUCUACGAUCCUUGUGAAUUCAAUGAGCAAUGUAUCCAUUUCGUGGAUUCCAAAUCUAUUUGUAACACAGUUUGUGUUUGUGCUCCACACGCUCGAGACAGAAAAGGAAGGUGUGUUUCUUUAAGUGAGAUUUCCUAUAACAGAAGUCAAGAGAUGUAUCGAGUUGGACUUAUUGCAGUGACAUGCAUAAUCAUCCUCAUUGUUGCCAUGUCUUUGUGGGUCACCUUGAAAAGAUCUUGUCAAGAACGAAAUCCAAACAGCCAUAGACGAUCAGUCGCACAGGCAAAUUCCAGUGACACAAUUGUGGAACUCUCAUCAGACAAGCCUCCAUCCUAUGACGAUGUCCUUGUUUCCGGAGAAAACGUUUCAUCUCCGCCAAACAUAAAAGAAGCUUUGAAAAAUUGCAUGACUGCAAAAAGAUUACUCAGGCAAGUUUCAGCUCCUGCAGGACAAUUACUAACUCAAACAAUUCCUAGUAGCAAACCAGGAGGCAUGAAUAAAAGAAUACCAGAAAUGUAGCUAAAGUGAUAAAGAAAUAACUGAAAGUUUGAACGAUUCUAUCACGAUAAGAGAAUUGUCAGGCUAAAUGAUUAAGACUAUAAAAUGGUGAAAAAAUAUACAAAAGACAGUUGAUAUAAUUUUUUUUAGCACCUUUGACUGUGAUUUCAAGUUACUUUAUGUUUUGUAUUGCUGCAAAUCAAUUUGUUGAAUAUAUAUUUAAAAACAUCUUUUUACACAUUUAUUGUCAUUAACUUAAUAUCCAAUUUUUAAAAGU